AUGUCAAAUCGACGAAAUUCAGUAACUAAUGCAGCCUUUGAAAUUCGGUUUGUUGAUGAUUCGGCGUUAGAAGUAGUAGAACUUACUCCUGAUCGAAUAUCACCUGAACGCCAUAUUCCGGAUCCCUUUAGAAAGCGUGACAAAAUUCCACGUAAUUCUGGAAGUUAUUCCGCAACAACUGUAGCUCCAGAGCCAUCAUCAACACUAGGCAAGGAUUCACCGACAAACAAAAAUUAUGGUAGCUCAAAUUCAAAAAUUCCCACGCGGAAAAUAUAUGGCACUGGCAGAAGGUCAAGGACUGAUCCGUUGCCAUCACAACAGCGCAUGUCCAAUGCUUCUAUGGAUGAUUCCGAUACGUCAUCCACAGCAACAACGGAUUAUAAAUAUAAUUUUCUAAAUGGUCGAAUAUCACAACAACAUCGGCAGCAACAAAAUGUAAAAUAUAAAAAUAAAAAACGGGCUUUUUCUGGAGAUGAAAGUGAACAAGAGAUACCUAAAAAAUAUUCAAAGGACAAUUAUAACAUUGAUAAUGCUGUAAUGAAUGAACGGACUAUAUCAGCCUCACCUUCAUUCACCGCAGAUAAAAAUAAUUAUAGUAAUUAUUCUAAUCGUGUUGAUGGUCUAACUACUCCACCUGCUACACCUCCAAGAUCAAUCACACCAACCAAUAAUAGGACAGAUUCAUACGCUACUGCCGAACCGUCACCAAGAAAUAGUUCGAUGAUAAUUGAUCAAACGGUACUUUCAGAUAAUUCUUCAUCGUACACUGUUGCAUCUGAAACAACCGCUAUAUCAACACCACCCCAUAGCCGUAGGUUACCCCCGAUUUCCACAUCUCCCACAACUCUAGCAUCCGCAACAAAUGAUGAUGAUGUUGAACUUUCGCCGUCAGAUGAACUUCCUCCCCCCAAAAAACAAAUUAUACCUCAUGACGAGGUUAUUAUACCAACUGUUGCAAAACGGUUGAAAAAGAAAGAACAAUUUAAUGAAUCUCAGCGAUACUCGACUCCGAAUUCACCGACUGAACAAGGGUACACAGAUGUUACCGAUUAUGUGGAAGACUUAUUCGAUUCUGCUAAAAAAUAUCCUACUUAUCCUCGACGAAAAACAUCAACCCCUACUUCUACUCCUACAACUCGACGUGGUACACGAUCUCGGCAAAAUUCAGCGGCAUCUAAAACGCGACCUAUUGUUAAUACUAACAAUAAUAAAUCCCAGACACCACCUCGUGUUGUCACUGCUAAUGCUCGACCACAACAAAUAAUAAAUAAUCAGAAUAAUGAGAUUGAGGAUAAUGAAGGAGAGCUUUCGGGUAAUGGUAAUUCGGCCGCUGAUACGGCAGUCAUGAAUACAUCUGAUACGGGCGCAGCUGAGGAUCCAAUGAGGGUUGGACGAAGGGCUCGUAGGGAAGAGUGGGUUAUGGUGAUGAGAGAUGAAGAAGAGGGUGACGUGAGUGGAAGUUAUGGCGACGAAAAGUCCGAAAAAUCAACCUCAACAACUUGGAACGGACAGCCAUCAGAAAAUGAAAUUGAUCAAUCUGGAGGAGAUACUCAAGCUUCUCCAGCAAAGGCAGAUACUAUCAAUCCCAAGAUUGUGCUCACAUCAGACGAGCACAACGCAAGACCGCUCACACUCGAGCUACAGAGCACCCAAACAAAUUCAGAAAACCAUUAUAAUAGUUCAGAGGCAACAAGUACCACUCCCAAGAGAAACGGCCGCGACAACAGCAGCAGUAGCGGUCAAAAAGUAACCUCAUUUCCGUUGACACCGUCUGGGACACGUUCUGUAACGUCUACGCCACGAAAAACCGAAUAUGGUGAUCGUUUCAUUCCUUUACAUAUACACGAUCCUGCUGUGGAGUUUCAGAGGUUGACACCUCCUAUUACAAAGUCGAAACGGAAGUAUAAUGCGGGAGAUAGGACGCCUGAAACGAGAUCUUAUAGAAAAGAUGAUGAUAAAGACGUUCUAUACAGGGCAGUCCUCGAAAACACAAUGUUUCCUGACAAUGACCUGCCGGACGACUCUCUAAACAUACAACAAACAUUGUCAUCGACUCCACGAAGCCAAACCCUAUUAAAGUUUCGUAGUCCAUCUAACACGCCAAGAUCACUAAUGCCUAUCGAUUCGCCGAAUCGUGAAGUGUAUUCUGUGAGUCCGAUUUCGAUGGGUGCGCAGAAUAUUUUGGAAAAUACUCGUCAGGCGACGAGACAAGUUACCGAACGUGGCCUUUAUAAAGUUUUAGAUGCCCCUAAUAUUCGGGAUGAUUUUUACCUCAACGUUUUAGACUGGUCUUCGACGAAUUUUAUAGGAGUUGCACUCGAUAAUGAAGUAUUCCUGUAUAAUGUUCGGUCCCCAUCGGUCACAACCUUAGCUCAGCUCAAGUAUCCAGAAUAUGUAUCAUCUGUAAAUUGGAGUAUAGAGGGUACUCAUAUCGCAAUCGGUACAAAUCGAGGGAUUGUCCGUAUAUAUGAUGUCUGUCGCAUGAAAAUGGUCAGGAAAUCCUCUAAUCAUAAUCUAAGAGUCGGGUGUCUAGCAUGGCAAAAAAAUAUUUUGACUACUGGUAGUCGUGAUGCGAAUAUUUAUCAUAUUGAUGUCAGAUCUCCUGAACCUUUCAUAGGAUGUCUGAAUGCACACACACAAGAGAUAUGCGGAUUGAAAUGGAGUCAGGACGAGCAAUUAGCAAGUGGUGGUAACGACAAUAUUUUGCACAUCUGGGAUCAACGAAAACCAAGUCCGUUGUACAGUCUGAGACACAAGUCCGCUGUAAAAGCAAUCGCGUGGAGUCCUCAUGCGCGAAGUCUCAUAGCUAGCGGAGGUGGAUCUCAGGAUCAACGCAUUCGGUUUUGGACCACAUAUACUGGUCGUAAUAUAGCAAGCUAUCUCACAGGAUCCCAAGUGACCAAUCUCGCAUGGUCUGAACAAGUGAAUGAGUUAGCCUCUACGCAUGGAUACAGUAGAAAUGAAGUUGUUGUGUGGAAGUAUCCGUCGAUGGACGAAUUAGUUUGUCUGACUGGACAUAAGAGUCGUGUCUUGUAUCUUGCUGCAGCUCCGGAUGGCCGUUCAAUUGUGACUGGUGCUGGUGAUGAGGUGCUUCGUUUUUGGAAUGUGUUUAGCCAAAAGAAGCAGAAAACCUCCGAAUCUACAAUUUCGCUGCGCAAUUUCGUCAUUCGCUAA